UUCUAUCGGAUUGGCUGCUGGCGGGGGUGACGCUCCGCCCGGCGCCCGGCGGUUGGCGAGGAGCCGCGUGGCCAGGCUGCGAUAGGCUGAGGCGGGGGCUGGGGCGCCGCCCCCUCUGGCAGGGGUCUUCCUGCUCUGCCUCCGAGGUCUCAUUCGGCCAACGGCUGCCGCAGCGGAGAGGGCGAGCCUGCGGGAUGGCGGCGGGCGAGGGCGGGGCCGAGUCGCUGCCCCCGCCCUCCCCCUCUUCGCCCGGCCCGCUCGCCGGGCCCGAACGCGCCUUGGAAGAAGCGGCGGCCUCGGGCAGCCUGAGCCUGGCGGGACGGCGCCUGCGGCACUUUCCCGGCGGAGCCGCCCGGCGGUGGGACCUCAGCGACACCACGCAGGCGGACCUGUCCCGGAACCGCUUUGCGGAGCUGCCCGAGGACACCUGCCACCUGAUGUCCUUGGAAGGGCUGAGCCUGUACCACAACUGCCUGCGCAGCAUCCCCCCGGCCAUCGCCAACCUCCAGGCCCUCACCUACCUGAACCUCAGCCGGAACCAGCUGGUCUCCCUGCCCGCCUGCCUCUGCCUCCUGCCCCUGAAGGUGCUGCUCGCCAGCAGCAACAAGCUGGCCGCCUUGCCGGACGAGAUCGGCUCCCUCGGCAGCCUGCGCCAGCUGGACGUCAGCAGCAACGAGCUGCACUCGCUCCCCGCCACGCUGGGGGGCCUGGAGUCUCUCCGCGACCUCAACGUGCGCCGGAACCACCUCAGCCGCCUCCCGGAAGAGCUGGCCGAGCUGCCGCUGGUGCGGCUGGACUUCUCCUGCAACCGCGUCGCCUGCAUUCCCGUCUGCUUCCGCCGCCUGCGGCACCUGCAGUGCCUCCUGCUGGAGAACAACCCCCUGCAGUCGCCACCUGCGCAGGUCUGCCUGAAGGGCAAGAUCCACAUCUUCAAAUACCUCAACAUCCAAGCCUGUGGCAAGGCCAGGGCCGACCUGGCCGAGUUGGCGCGAGGAAGCCGCCCCGCCGGCCUCGGAAUGUGCCUCCCGGAGGACUUCUACUCGGUGCGGCCGUACGGCGGCCUCGACUCGGGCUUCAACAGCGUCGACAGUGGAAGCAAACGGUGGUCGGGGAACGAGUCCACGGAUGAGUUCUCCGACCUCUCCUUCCGCAUCGCGGAGCUCUCCCGGGACCCCCGGCAACUCAAGCAGAGGCACGGCGGGGCAGCCGGUGCUGGCGACCUGGAGCAGAUGGACUAUAUCGACAGCAGCCUCAACAAGGAGGAGGAGGAAGAGGAGGAGGAAGAGGAGGAGGAGGAGGAGGGCAGCCCAGCGGCCUCGGUGCUGGCCACGGGCAGGCUGGAGGGUGUCCUGCGGGGGGCGGCACCCACCAAGGCGGCUGCGAGGAGCUCCUUCCGGAGAGCGGGCGCUGCAGAGCCGCAUCGGCCGAGCAGGGCCAGCGGAGAGGCCAGCCUGCCCCGGCCGGAGCCGGCCGGCGAGGAGCGCCGCCACCCCGAGGUGCUGCAGCUGUGGCAGGAGCGGGAGCGCCAGCAGCUGCAGGCGCAGCUGCGCCCCCUGUGGAGCCAGGGCAGCGAGGCGCGGGACAGCAGCCUGGCGGAGAGCAGCAGCUGUGGCGGCCCCCUGCAGCUGAAGCGUCGCGGCCAGGGAGCUGAGCAGCCGGCUGGUCCGCUCCGGCAAGCCCCGGGCUACGCUGACCCUGCUCACCCCCCGAGCUCCCCCGCGGCCUUCGCUCCCUCCCGCGAGCCGGGCUCCGCGCCAAAGCCGUCCAGCUUCCUUUUCCACUCCUCGUCCCGGCACGAUGCCCCAUGGAGGGACCCUGGCUCCCUCUCCCCCGGUCUCUGCUCUUCCGAGUGCGGCAGCCCCCUGAAGCCGCCCCCCGAGUCGCAGGCGUGGCAGGAGCAGCGACUCGCAGCCCAGCUGCGGAAGGCCAUCGAGGCCCAGCUGAACAUCACGCUGGCCGGGGACCUGGGCGAGGCGCUGGCCGACGGGGUCGUCCUCUGCCAGCUGGCGAACCACCUGUGCCCGCGGGCCGUGCCCUUCAUCCACGUUCCCUCGCCUGCCGCGCCGAGGCUCAGCGCCGCCAAGCGCCGGGAGAACGUGGAGCGCUUCCUGGGCGCCUGCCGCCGGCUGGGGGUGCCCGAGGUCUCGCUCUGCCGCGCCGCCGACCUGCCGCCGCUGCUGCUGCGAGUGUUCAAGGGGUCGGAGCCGCUCGGACGGAAUUGCCUUAAUGCGGGGGGCGCGAGUCUGCACGCGCCCCGGAGACCGGCCCCCGACGUCCCAGCCCCUUGA